CUUGUAUAAACUCAAUAAUAAUAUAAAUGGAUAUUGGAGGAGUUUAGUUAUUACUUUUGCUAAGUAUACGAAAACUUUCAAAUAUUUGUAAAAUAACCUGCUGUUUUCUAGGCCAUCGUUUCUUUUAUAGAAAUUAUUGUACAAUAUAAAUAUGUCUAUUAAAGAGGAUUUGGUGACACUAGCCUGCCAAUCUUUUCGCAAGAAGGAUUUCAAUGCAACCCUGCAACAUCUGAAUGACUUAGAGUUAAUCGUAACAAACAACAAUCUUCUCAAAAGAAUACAACAUAAUAAAGCUGUAGUGGAAUUCACGUCUAGUGAGUUUAAGGAUAUUGAAAAAUUUAAGUCGAAAAUUGCUCAGUUAACUGGUCUAAAUUUUCCUGACAUUGAGGCAAAGGAUUACUCCACACCAUUCAUUUACUACAACUAUGCUGUCAUUCUCUAUCAUACUCGGUAUUAUUACCAAUGUGCAGUGUUAUUGGAGAAGUUGUUGACUACAAACAUAAAGGAUCAAAGCUUGUUACAAAAAAUAGUUAUGCUGCUUUUGGAGGCUACCCUGUGUAGAAGAACUUACAAAAAAACUCUAGACAUCGCCCAAACAUACGGAGAAUCAGUGAAAGGAAAUGCUGAAUUAAAUAAGUUAUAUGAACGACUUGUCAGUAGAGCUCAGUUGUAUUUGGGACAAGGAAUUAAAUUAAAACCAGAUUGUAUUGAAAAUAUCUUCAUAUUGGCACAACAACAUUACAUGAAUGGUGAUGUGAAUGAAGCUUCCGCAACCUUGGGCCAGUACAGAACACUGAAACACAACUAUAACCAUAAGUCACAGGGAGAAGACAUAUGGGCUGCCAUCAAUAAUAACUUGGGUGUUAUUUAUUUAUCUAUCAAAAAGCCUUUUUUGGCUGCAAAAUAUUUUCAAAAUGCUGUGAAGGAACAUUUUAAAGCUAUAGAAAGUGAUGAUAGUGAAAAACUGUAUGCCUGUAAAGAUAGGCCGCUGUAUGUCUAUAACCUGGGACUAGCUCUGUUGGCAGCCAACAACGCUGAAGGUGCAUUUGAGUGUCUGGUAGAAGCUGCCCGGCACUAUCCCAAUAAUCCAAGAAUUUGGCUGAGAUUAGCAGAAUGCUGUGUUAAAUCUUGUUGUAGAGAUGAAACUAAACAAAUGACUGUAAAAAAAUUAGGAAGCGGACCCCACACAAAAAUAUUGUUGACAAAAGAUCUCAAAGAGAAAUUUACCUCGUCUGGUGAAUCUUUUGCAAUUCCUUCAUUAUGUUUAGAGUUUGCCGCUUUGUGUAUCAAAAAUGCUAUAGCUCUUCUACCUAAUCAAGAAACACCAACUGACACUACUACACCUUUUAUUCAAGCACCUCCAGGUCCUCCAAUAAAUUGGAAGCAAAGAUGUGAAUUAAAAAAUUCUAUAUUAGUGCUGCAGAGCUACAUUCUGCUGCAUUUACAGGAUCCCCUAUCUGCACUCAUGAGUGUUAAUGAACUUUUGUCUCAGCCAGAUGCUUCCUGUGGACACAAAGCUUGGGCGCACAUUUAUGCCGCAGAAGCACUUAUAAACCUCGAUAGAAUAACAGAUGCAGUUGAACAUUUAAAUCCACCCAUGAUACAUGAUCUGGUUUCGCUACUACCUAACCAAUUACGUGACAUGAUAGCAGUUUCAGUAUGGGCGAAGGCUGCGGUGUGUCAUAUAUUAAGAGGAGAUUUGAUUACAGCUCGAAAAAUUUUGCUGCAAAUAAAUUCACCAAGAGUUCUUCCGCUUCAAAUGUACUUAGAAAUUUGCACUGGUAAUAUAGAUAACUGUCACACUAUUUUAAGAAAACUACGCUAUUCAAAUGUGUCUUAGGUGUCUGUAUUAUUUUUCAAUAAAAUAUUUAAAU